AUGGCAUGGCCAAACCCCUUCAUCCCAGAUGACGAAAACACACGCCAUUGCUGGGGUUACAAAUUCCAAUGGUCCCCUCUACAUUUCACACCCGAGGAGCUGGAGCCGUUGAAGUAUACCUGUGAUACUCUUGCCGAUGAAUGUUUGCCGAUUUUAGAUUCUAUCAACGACGCUUCUGAGUCAUCUGAGAACCUCGGAGGCGAAAAGAAGUCUGAGGAAGAUGGGAGGGGGAAGGGGGACGAAAAAAGGAAAAAGAAGAAUCUUUAUGAGUUAUUGAAGGGCAAUCAUAUGAAGGAUGAGAAGUUGGGGAGGCUGUGGAGGGAGGUGAAUACCGUCCCUGAUUGGGUGGAUUGGGAGGUCAUUGGGAGGGGGCAGGAUGUUUUUUAUAGGUAUGCUGGGGUUGCGCUUACUAGUGUGAGUUUCUUUUCUCUCCCCACGCUCUCUGGGAGCAGUGUGAAAGUGGUGAUGUGGAAAAUGGUUGAGAGUGGCUUUGAUAGAAAAGGGGGGAUUGAGGCUGAUUAAUGGUGAUUUUAGUUGGCUUAUCAAAGUUUACUUGGUGGGAUGGGUGCUAGUCGAGUUACGGAAGGUACGUUCAGAUUUUCUAACUUUGAUUUUGCUGGGAAAUGAUUUGGUAUUUUGGUGCGUCGUCGAUUUUUGCUUGGAAGAUUGGUAUGCGGCGUUAUGUUAUGAGGGCUUUACUUUCCAAUUUAAUUUGCUUUCCGCGUGUGUUCGAAGACUCGGUUUUAUAUUUCGGUUUAAUAGAUUUCUCCAUGGAGUAGACAGCUAAUUCUCUUCAAUAGUCCUCGCAAGAACAGGCGGGUUCUCAGUACCCAACGCUAAAAAACGAAGCAAGUCCAUCUUACCCACCUCCCACCCCCCAUAUCCUACUAACGAGAUUCGAAGUGUACGAAACAACCCAACACAUCCUCCAAAUUACAUCGUCUCUCCCCUCAAUCCAACCCGGUGGCGCAGGCCACAUCUCAACCCUUCGGGUCCGUCUUCUCCAUGCCUACGUCCGUCGUCGAAUCCUCAAACUUGCAUCCACUCGUCCCACCUAUUAUUCUGUGCCAGACCACGGGAUCCCAAUUAACGACCUAGAUUCCGUCGGCACCAUCGCAACCUUCUCCUCAACUCUUAUCUGGCUCGGUAUUCCUCGUCAACUAAUUUGGUUACGUCCCCAAGAGAUAAGUGAUUACAUUGCUCUUUGGCGUCUCGUAGCAUAUUACCUCGGCGUACCCACUGAGUAUUUCGAGACUCCGGAGAAGGCAAAGGCUAUCAUGGAGAGUAUUUUGAUUAGCGAGAUGAAUCCGUCGGAGACGAGUAAAGUGCUGGCGAAUAAUAUCAUUGAGAGUUUGCAAGGGAAGGCGCCAGCUUAUGCGUCGAGGGGGUUCCUGGAGGCGAGUGCGAGGUGGUUGAAUGGGAAUGAAUUGGGUGAUGCGCUGGGAAUUGGUAGACCGGGGUGGUAUUAUUGGGCAUUGGUAGCUGGGCAGGUGGGGUUCUUUUGGGGAUGGUGUUGGGUUAAGAGGGGGCUGAGAUGGGUGGAUAGGGAGAGGGGUGUUGUAAGUUUCCUGCUGUUUUCCCCCUUAUCAUUGUGUUGUCGGGGCUGUUGUGAAACCUGCUUAAGCGAGGUUUCACAAACCCCUUUUACAUGCCCUUUCCUUCAACCUUGCGCCAGAAUCCUUCUAUUCUAAUAUCCAAAAUAGGCCAUACGUAACCUCCUCUACAAAUCUUUCAUUUUAAAUGAAACACACGGUCUCGGAAAAGAAACGGAUUUCUCGUUCCAAUAUAUACCUUCCUAUGACCUGACUACCGUCGGUCCCAAUGAGAGAGAGAAAAGUGGCGUGGUGGUCAAAGGUGUGGAGAGGAGGAAUUUGUUGACGUUUUUAAGUGGGUGUGUACUAGUUGGUAGUGUGUUUUUGGGAUUUAUUAAGGGGGUACAGGUGGUUAGGGCACUGUAA